CUAGGCAUGCAGACUGCUUCUACAAACAUUUGUGAAAGAAUGGAUUGCUCUCAGGAGUUCAGUGAAUUCACGCAUGGUACUGUGAUAGGUUGCCACCAGAGCAAUAAGUCCCUCUGUGAAAUUUCCUUGCUACUAAAUAUUCCACAGUCGACUCCAAGUGAAAUGCAAAGCAAGUGCAAUGCAAAGGGUGCAGUGUUGUAAGGCAUGCUGCCACUGGACUGUAGAGCAGUGAAGACGUGUUCUCUUGAGUGACAAAUUACGUUUCUCUGUCUGGCAAUCCGAUGGACAUGUCUUGGUUUGGCGUUUGCCAGGAGACCGUUACUUGCCUGACUGCAUUGUGCCAAAUGUAA